AUGGAUUUUGAUGCUUCCAAUAUGUAUCUACCCAGUUGCACUUACUACGUCCCCGGAGCGGAUUUCGCGGCUCUCCCGCACUAUCUCGCUCAGAGUCAGCCCUCCUGUCCGGUGGCGUACUCGUACCAGUCAUCGGCUCUUCCUCAGGUUCCGUCCGUGAGAGAUGUGGCGUUCAGAGACUAUAGUAUGGACGGUUCGGCUAAAUGGCACCACGGCAGGGGGAGUCUACCGCACUGCUACGCGGACGACGGCUGGUCAGGGCCGACCCCUCGUGGGGGAGACGUGCCGGGGAAAGGCGUCUCCUCCUCCGGUUCGACGACUCCGUCGGGAGGCUUCCACGGCAGCGGGGCGGCCAGGAACGGCGUCCUGCCACAGGCUUUCGAUCAGUUCUUCGACUCGGCCUACAGCGGCCAGGAGCACCGAGCCACGCCGACCCAGGACAGACAUGCGGAAACCGUCAAGACGAGCCCGGCGCCGGCUCUUCAUGCUCCGGGCUCGGACACGGCGGAGAGCUGCAGCCCCAAGUCGUCACCCGGCCUCGGCGAGGACAGGAGCGGAAAAGGCGGUGGUGGCCAGAAGACGCGCAAGAAGAGAUGCCCGUAUUCCAAGUAUCAAAUCAGGGAGCUGGAGAGAGAAUUCUUCUUCAGUGUUUACAUCAACAAGGAGAAGCGGCUGCAGCUUUCCCGGAUGCUCAACUUGACUGACCGGCAGGUGAAAAUCUGGUUUCAGAACAGGAGAAUGAAGGAGAAGAAACUCAACAGGGACCGUUUACAGUACUACACCAGCAACCCCCUGCUAUAA